GAUCGGAUAAGAGCACAGUCAACGACGCCUGCGACUCCCCUACAAAACUGUCAAAAAUAGACAGCGGAAGUACAAUGGAUCUGAGUUUGACGGACGCUCUGAGCGAGAGUGUGCCCCAGACUGCUGCAGAGCCCCUGGUGCAGAUGGACUUCAUGAGCGCACUGGAGGCGGAGAGCUUCGAUGACAAGGUGGGAGAGAUGGUGGGCAAGGCCGACUACCGCCCCCUGCUGGACACGGAUGGGAAAAGGGAAGCAGGGGGACAGACACCAGCGGGGCACCAGGAUCCGCUAGGAGAAGUGUGGUCUCGUCAGACCGAACAGCAGGUCUUUAACACGGACUUCCUCUCGGGCCCUACUUCAAUGGCUGGAUUCCCUGGCCAGUGGGGCACCCAGCCAUUGGUCCCCCAGGUGAAGGACAGUGGCCCGGCCGACACCUUCACAGGGUUCUCCCAGCCAGCGAUGUCCAUGAUGGACAUGGACAUGGACAUGGGCGUGGCACCCCUUGUGACGGCGAGGCCCCCCAGCGUGGCGGAACCCCAGCAGCCCCCGCUCCUCUUCGCCACCGAACCCCCGAAACAGGCCCAGACGCCCAACAAGCCCAACGAGCAGAGUCCAAUGAGCGCCACCCUGAACAUCCUGAACGCUCUGGAUGCCGCUACAGGAGACCAAGACGACCCCUGGGCGGGCGAGGGCGGGCAGGAGACGGACUUGCCCUUCACGCCCAGCGUCUCCACGGUGAUCAACCAGAUGUCAGAGGAGUCGCCCGAGCUGCUGAGCCCCACGGACAGCUGCGAGCAGAGUGCGGGGACCGGGGAGGAGAGGGGGAGCGAGGGCGGGGGCGACAGGAGGCAGAAGAAGAAGAAGAAGAGGAGGCCGAGGGACGAGGUGUACGACCUGCUGGAGCCCGAGGCCCUGGAGGGUGAGAUGAAGUCGCUCGUGGACAGCGACCUGCAGUGGGAGUACGGGGACGGGGGCCGGGUCGGGGGCAGGGUGAAGAAGGGCAAGAGCCGGAAGAGGAUCCCGGAGGAGUGGAGUAACCCCCAGGAGGCCACGCCGCCUGCCCCCGCCAGCCCGCCCCAGGACACCCUGCUGGGUGAGCCCUGGUCCGUGGGCGCCCCUUCCAAGGAGAGUCCCACCCCUGAUGUCUGCCCCUCGCUCAGCCCUGAGGUACCAAUGUCUCCAGCCCAGGACCUCCUGCUGUCCGUCACAGACACGCCCGCCGCUGGCCCCGCCUCCACGCUGAGCGCUGAGCCCGCGCCCCCUCUGACCUCUCUGCCCCCUACCCACGUCCUUGAUUUCCUGGACGAAGCUCUUCCCCCCAGCCCUGAGAGCGAAGCUGAGAGGGACCUCUCUGUCAUCGACUCGAAAGAGUCCACCCAAGUGGAUGCUCCUGUCAUCCCCAUCCCGUCCCUCUCCAGAGAGUCCAGCCCCACUCCCCCCCAGGCUCCCUCUCCCACCGAGAAAGCUGUCCCUGCUCCGGCCCCAUCCCACAUGGCCAGUGCUGAUGUCGAUGGGAAAUAUUCCCCUCCCCUUGCUGCAGAAGAUGACCUUUUGGUGUCCGCCAACCACGACCAGCCCCUUUCACCGAGCCCCGCCCCCGUUGUCUGCCCCUCCUCCCCGACCCCGCCCGCUGUCAGCUCCUCCCCCCUGCCUUCCACCCUCCCCCCCUCAGUGAGCUCUGCCCUCAACCCCGCGGCUCCGCCCUUUUUCCCCAGCCUAUCACAAUUUAAGGAGCCCCAGCUGGAGGGUGAGAAUGAAGAUAAAGGGCUGGCAGACCAUUCCAUGCCUGAAGUGAAAACUGAAAAUACUGACAAACUGGAAAAGGUGGAAAAGAUGGAUACCCUCCCGAAGGAGGAGAAAUUGGACAUUUUCGAGAAGACGGACAAGCUGGAGAAGACCGACAAACCGGAAAAAGUCGAAAAGAUAGACACGUCCCCGACGGUCGAGAAGUUUGAUAAAUCGCCCGUGGAAAAGAUGGGCGAGCAGGAGAAGACCGACAAACCAGAGAAGACGGAGAAGGUGGACAAGGCUGAGAAGGACAAGGCUGAAAAGGACAAGGCUGAGAAGGACAAGGCUGAGAAAGCAGAGAAGCAGGAGAAGGCGAACAAAACGUCAGAAAAACCGGACAAGAAAGAGAGUGGCGUGAAGACGGACAAGGCUGCCAAAACGGAAAAGGCGGAGAAGACUGGGAAAGCAGCUGGUAAAACUCCAGCCGUUAAUGGGACCGCUGCCGCCCCGAGCAAGGACCUGCCUAGCCCAGAUAAGAAGACGAAGCCUGCCGUCGGGUCCGCCAGAGCGAGCUCCGCCAAAACGCGGCCCCCCUCGCUGCCCACAGGGGCCGCCGCCCCCAAACGCCCACCCCCCACCUCCAACUCCACCUCCGCCACCCCCAGCAAAAAAAGCCCCACCCCCAAGGCCACCACCCCCACCGCGGGGGCCAAGCGGCCCACGCCCACUGCCAGCCGCCCCCCCAGCACCUCCACCACCACGGCCCGCGAGGCCAAGCCCAAGACGGAAAGGCGCCCGCCCGUACCAAAGGCCACCCCCGCCAGCGGCGCCUCCACCGCCACCUCCAAACCAGGCGGGGCGUCCCGCCCGCCCACGUCCACGAGCGCGUCCAGCAGCGCCCCCUCUAUACGACGCGCUGCAUCUGCCAAGACCGAGAACAAAGCAGGUGAUGUGAAGAAGCCCAGCACUGUAAAGGCAACGUCAGCUGACACCAGUCGCCCCAGGACCACCCCCAGCACCGGGGGCAGUACCACGACCCGCACCCGCGCCACCAAACCCCCCACCCCCACCUCCGCCUCCACCGGGCCGGAGAGGAAGCCGCCCGUCCCGCGGGCCCCCCGGUCCGCGCCCCGCCCCGGCACCGCCCCUGCGCCGGAUGCCAAGAACGCCCGCUCCAAGGUCUCUUCAUCACAGGGCAAGGCUGACACUCUGGCACAAGGCUCCCCCUCCAAAGAACCCAGCCAGGGAAAAGUUCAGAUAGUCUCCAAAAAGCUGGACUUCAGCCAUGUCACCUCGCGCUGUGGCUCCAAGGACAAUAUCAAGCACGUUCCUGGAGGAGGGAACGUCCAGAUUCUCAGCAAGAAAGUGGAUCUGAGCAAGGUAACCUCAAAGUGUGGCUCUAAGGACAAUAUCAAACAUAAGCCAGGAGGCGGUGAUAUGAAGAUCCCCUCCAGCAAGGUGAACGCCAAGGCUCAGUCCAAAGCGGGGUCAGUGGACAAGGCGAAUCACGGGCCAGCAGGUGACCUUGUCAAGGAUGCCAGCCAGGAGAACAGGGCUCCCCCUAACGGCACACCAGAAACCGCACCAGAGAACGCAUCCAAGGAGAACGGGGUGAAGGAGGACGUGCCCUGCUUGGGGGAGGGGCUCCAGGACCGCCAAGGCCUGGACACGUGCAUCCCUGAGACAAACUAAGUCUCAGAUGCAGUGCUCCAGCCCAGUCGUCCGGGCCCACAGCCGACCACCGCGCUGACAUCAGCCCCUGGCCCGCCCCCCCCCC